GAAAUCUGCAAAUAUCUUGACUUCAAUCAAAUGCAUUUCUUCAGAACCUGAAAUAAGACAUUAUAUAACAAAGUUAGGGACGCAAUGGUAAUUCUAGCUGAAAGAGAAGCAAAUAGGCUCCUCUUAUCAUCAGAUAACCUUACUCGAAACCUCUUUGUUAUCAAGGAAAAGCCAAAAGAGACUCUUAAAAAUGAAAAUUGGUUUACUUUCCUUAUCAAUCAACUCAAAGCACGUUGUAUGAUAAAGCACAGAAUGUAUCAUACCAUUCCCGAGCUUUUCCCUGAGCUAGAAAAUUGCUUGAGAGUAAAACUUGCAAAAAUAGUUUUUACUGAAAUAAAAAGAAAAAGGAAAAUGAACAUAACCAUGAAGAAAGGGUCCAAUAAUAGCAACAUAGCUUUUACUAAUUUCCAAGAACUUUUAUUUCUCCAUUCGAAGAACUUUAUUUCUGAUAAAUAUCCCAAACUUAUAGAAACAGGGAACCCUGUGUGGUCUGCAGAGCAGAUAAGAGAGAAUGAAGAGUUAGAUAUCUUCUAUGCUUUUAGGACCUACACAAAUUCUGAAGAUACAUGAAUUGAAGUACCAAAAACUCCGAUACUAGCUUAUCUUUACUUAUUUGAUGAGUUUUGAGCAUGUCAUUGAAGGAUGGUAGCUGAGUCAAUCGCCUCAAAGUGAAAUUCAGAGACAUUUCUUGAUGAAUACAAUGCAAGAUGGCAAUCUUAUGUAUCUCUGAUAGAAAUUUUUGAAAUAGAGUUUAGCUUCAUCCCAGAAAUAAUGAAUAAAUUAUCAACAUGCGGAGAAGAAAAUAGUCUCUAUGAAGAAGAAAAAGGAAUACCCUUGAUAAAAUUCUCCUUAAUGCGGCUAAUGUCACGAAGCUGGGGUAAGAAUGUCAUGAAAUCCCUAUUUUCCUCCUUCAAAUCUCAAAUACUCUCAAUCCUAGAAAUCUAUCAGUCCAAGCUCUUGACUUUAGCUGGAGACUACAACAUAGAGAUAUCCAAAUAAAAACUCAGCAUCACGUAUCUCCAACAAUUACAAGCUUGAUCCUCUAACUCGUGAUAUCCUUCGCCAGGCCUUCCUGAGCAUUCUUGACGUAUCUCUGAAUGAGGCUAAUAUAAAGAUGAUUAACCAUUCUUUGCUUCCUUUGGAGACCUUCUACUUGCAGAUAGAAGAGACUUUGAUUAAUCAUACCAAGAAGUUCUUAAAGACUCUUUUGGAUGAAUACCCAGUUAAGGUCUUUGUCUGUGUUUCCCAGCUCUACUGUGAUAACAUCUGAGAGCCAUCUAUAAAACGUACACAGAGAAGAUUAAACUACUACAUAACAGAUUGCUUGAAGAGAACACUUGAGAUCAAAUUUUGAAAAUAGUUAUAUGAAAUUUAUUUUCAAGAGCAAUACAUCACCCUCAACCAGACAAAAGAAAUUGCCAGAAGAGGUAUCUCAGUUUUCUCUAGAAGAAACUAAAGUUCCCCUAGAAACUGCUGUCGAGAAAAGAAUUGAGUUUAAAAAGAAGAGAUCUGGUACGAAAAGAGAUGAUAUUGGAGAAGAAAGUUACGAAGAACUAACCCCACCAGAGAGAAAGAUCUGUAAUCAGAUAUCAGACAUCAUUAAUAGAGCUAUUUCCUUCAGAAAAAAGAAAACCUUAGUUGAUCCUAAAGCAGUUGAUACUGAAGAACUUGAAAAAUCAAUUCUGGGCUCUGCGAAGGGGAGAAAUGAAAGCAAUGUGGCACUCCAAAGACAAGUAACACAAGAUCUAAACCCUAACCCAAUGGAGGAAAUAAAGGAAGGAGAGAACUUACCGAUAAAAGCUAUUCAUUCAAAAGAGUAUGUAAAUAGACAUUACCGAGUCCAACCACAAGUAGCCCUUGAUUUCUAUGCAAAAAGUAGCGAAGUAAAAGACCUCCUGGAAUCUUUGGAAAUAGUUAAGGCAAAAUGAGAAGAAAAUGUGGAGAAUUUUGAAAAAUCUGAUAAAAAGGAUAAAUACUUGAAUGGGUAUAAAGUUGACAAAGAUACUUCCAAUCUUAAUAUACCUCCUAGUCUUCACAUUGUGAAGGGGGAAUCCUUUGCUCCUUAUUCAGCAUUUAAUGAUUCGUAUUCAAUAAGAUACCUCCAUUAUGAAAUUUACAAAAACAUCCAAAAUAACCCAGUUGAAGAUCAAUGGCAGCAUACACUCCUAAGCUGUGAUAAGGACAAAUGAGAUUACUGUAAAGCUCUUAAAAAUAGAACAGUAGCAAACUCUUCCCUAUUCCAACAAUGCUUGGAAGACGUGGAUAUGUAUGAUUUAGAAAGCGAUGGUUCCUCCUCCCUAGACAUGGACUUCGACGACCUUGACAGCUUCUGCCCAUAAUUAUCUGACUGACAUUUU